GUUUUCAUUAUUAUUUGACAGAAAAAAAAAAAUCUUUGAUUUGCCUUAAAAGAAAUUUCUUACUUUUCAAAAAAAUGUCAAAGUUACCAUUACAUGAUUCUAAUUUAAACAUUCAAGAUCUGAAUAUCUUCCAACCGAUAAAAAAAAUUUUGCCUUAUGAUUUACCAAAACAUUCUGUUUCGACUGUACCUGAGCCAAUGGAAGCAGCCAACCAAACAAAAACAGCUUCGCUUUUACAAAAAGAGGCUACCAAUGACAAUGAUACUUAUUGUAGGGCAUGUAAAAAGAAGUUUACUAAUAAACUUACCUAUGUCAAUCAUCUAAAAAGUGCAAAACACAUUGCUAAUGAAAAGAAAAUGAAGCCUACACUGCCUUCUUCAUCAUCACUUUCAAAACCUAUUUCAAGCGGGAAAAUAAUGGUGAAUCCUCAAGUUCAAGAAGCGUUAAAUAAGUUAGAAGCAGCACAAAAGUCAUCCGAUCCAACUUCUUCAGUAACCCUAUAUUGGAACUUAGCACACACUUUUUACACUUUAAAAUAUCCUCAAUAUACUGCUAAAUCAUUAAAAUUGAUUAUUGAGACAUUGACUUCUACAUCAAGCACGACAUUUUCUUCAGCACAAGUUACUGCUUUUUUGUACAAUUCACGAUUAGCAUUAGCCAGGUUAUUCUGUAUCUAUCAACAACUAGAUGAAUGUAGGACUGUUUAUUUAGAUGCUCUAGAAGGGAAAUGGAAAAUAGAAAAAAUGGAAUUGUUAAAUAUUGCAAAGAAUUUACGACAUUUAUCAAUUAUUGAGUUAUUACAGUCCUGUGAUCAACUUGCUAAUCGAUAUUUAACUAGAGAAAGAAAUAGAACAAAGCCAGCACCUGCAUUAACUGACCCCAAUAACUCAAUUACUUUUAUUUUAAAUGAAGCAGCUAAUUUAUUUGCUCAGGAAGGACAUCUAUUCAGCGACACUAUUCUUACAGAACAUGUAUCUAUUGUAUUAUAUGCCACAUGUUCACUUACUUGUCCAUACGAGCAAAUGCCUGGAUUUAUAAAAAAUGAUUUUUACUCUUUAAUGACUCAGAUAUAUGCAUCGCUUGAUGGCUUAACUCAUCGUAUUAUUGAAGUUAAAAUGCUAGAUACAAGUAAUAUUUGGAACAUUUUUUAUUCCUUACUUUUAUCAAUAGAAAUAGAUGACCUUGUUCGAGCUAAAUCAAUAAAAGCAAGCCUUCUUCAACAAGAAACAUAUAGCUUAUACCCAGAUGUCAAAUUACUAUGCGAUUUAUAUGAAUAUAAAAUUACUUUAGAUUCUUCUUCAAACCUGGCUUAUGAUUUAGACCACAUCACUUUAAUAUUAGAACUGACUAAUGAACCAUUGUUAAUUCGUCAACAAACAAAGCAAGUACAAGAAGAUGUUUUAAACAGAAUUAGAAAUUUAAUAUAAUUCUAUUUUUAAUUUUUUUUUUCUUUUUCUAUGCAUACUUUUUAUAUGAAUGGUUCAUAUCAUAAUAACUUUUUAUUUAUUUAUUUAUUUAUUUAUAUAUAAAUAAACUUGGAACUAUCAAUAAGGAAAGAAAGGAAAAGAAAACAAAAAAGAAAGGG